AAUGCUCCGUUCAGCUCUCCGGGCAACAGUUCAGGCACGAAAUGCCUCCGGUGUUCCACCAGGUCUUUCCAACAUGAAACCACAAUACACCGGCAUCUUCAUCAACAAUGAAUUUGUGCCAGCCAAGUCUGGAAAGACUUUUGAGACUAUCAAUCCAGCCAACGGAAAAGUUUUGGCUCAAGUCGCAGAAGGAGAUAAAACAGAUGUCAAUAUCGCUGUCAAGGCUGCUCAAAAUGCAUUCCGUAUCGGCAGUGAGUGGAGACGAAUGGAUGCUUCUCAACGUGGAGUUCUUCUGAAUAGACUAGCUGAUUUAAUGGAGAGAGAUCGAGUUAUUUUGGCAUCUUUGGAAUCUUUGGAUAAUGGAAAGCCAUAUGCAGUUGCUUACAAUGCUGAUCUGCCACUUUCUAUCAAGACUCUUCGUUAUUACGCCGGAUGGGCUGACAAGAAUCACGGAAAGACUAUUCCAAUCGAGGGUGACUACUUCACUUACACUCGUCACGAACCGGUGGGAGUCUGCGGACAGAUUAUUCCAUGGAACUUCCCACUUCUUAUGCAAGCUUGGAAACUUGGACCAGCGUUGGCUAUGGGAAACACAGUCGUUAUGAAGGUCGCCGAACAGACUCCACUUUCAGCCCUUCACGUGGCUGCUCUCACAAAAGAAGCUGGAUUCCCAGAUGGAGUGGUUAAUAUCAUUCCAGGAUACGGACAUACUGCCGGACAAGCUAUUUCGUCGCACAUGGAUGUUGACAAAGUCGCUUUUACUGGAUCAACUGAAGUUGGAAGACUUGUUAUGAAGGCUGCUGCAGAAUCGAAUGUCAAGAAGGUCACUUUGGAACUCGGAGGAAAAUCACCAAACAUCAUUUUCGCUGACGCUGAUCUCAAUGAUUCCGUUCAUCAAGCCAACCACGGACUCUUCUUCAAUCAAGGACAGUGCUGUUGUGCCGGAUCCAGAACAUUUGUCGAAGGAAAGAUCUAUGAUGAUUUCGUAGCUCGUUCCAAGGAAUUGGCCGAGAAGGCUGUUAUCGGAGAUCCAUUUGAUUUGAAAACUACUCAAGGACCACAAGUUGACGGAAAGCAGGUUGAGACUAUUUUAAAAUAUAUCGCUGCUGGAAAGAAGGAUGGAGCUCAAUUGGUGACUGGAGGAGCCAAACACGGAGAUCAAGGACACUUUGUGAAGCCAACUAUCUUCGCUAAUGUUAAGGAUCAGAUGACUAUUGCUCAAGAAGAAAUCUUUGGACCUGUUAUGACUAUCAUUAGAUUCGACACAAUGGAAGAAUUAGUUGAAAAGGCUAAUAACACUAUUUAUGGAUUGGCUGCUGGAGUUAUGACUAAGGAUAUUGAUAAGGCACUUCAUAUUGCCAACGCAACCAGAGCUGGAUCUGUCUGGGUUAAUUGUUACGAUGUGUUCGAUGCUGCUGCUCCAUUCGGAGGAUUCAAGCAGUCCGGAAUCGGUCGCGAACUCGGAGAAUAUGGUCUUGAGGCAUACACUGAAGUAAAGACUGUCACCAUCAAGGUUCCACAGAAGAACUCAUAAAUUUCUUGAAUUUUCGCUUUCCCUGUAAUUUUUGUUCCUUUUGCUUUUUUUUUUGAAAAAUGUUUAUUGCUCUUAAUAUACGUGUUGUAUUUAUCUAUUUUUCACAUAUAUUGAAAAAGAAUUCUGAAAGAAAUAGACACCUACAGGACGACUCAU